CGCGCCGCCCCCCCCCAGCGGAAGCCGGAAGCGACGGCGCUUCCGGUUAGCGUCCUAAGCGUGGUGAGCGGUCGUGUUUCUCAGGUAAAACAUGGCUAAAAGCUUGAGGAGUAAGUGGAAAAGGAAGAUGCGUGCCGAGAAGAGAAAGAAGAAUGCGCCAAGGGAGCUCAACAGGCUUAAAAGUAUUCUCAGAGUUGAUGGCGAUGCUUUAAUGAAAGACGUUGAAGAAAUAGCGACCGUGGUGGCACCCAAGCGUUGCCAGGAGAAGAUGGAGUGUGAGAAGGUGCCAAGUGGCGCAGAUGAUGAAAAGGAUGACAUGAAAAUGGAAACUGAAAUUAAGAGAAACAGAAAGACUCUUCUAGACCAGCAUGGCCAGUACCCAGUGUGGAUGAACCAGAGGCAAAGAAAAAGACUGAAGGCCAAGAGAGAAAAGAAACGGGGGAAAAGCAGAGCGAAGGCUGCCAAGGGCCUGGCCUGGUAGGCCCUGAAAGACUGCAAAGGGAGCCAAGCAGGCGCGGUGGCGCCCCUUUCAUCCCAGCACUCAAGAGGCAGAGGCGGGUGGAUCUCUGAGUUCGAGGCCAGCCUGGUCUACAAAGCAAUUCCAAGACACCCAGGGCUCUUUUACACAGAGCAACCAUAUCUCGAAAAAACAAACAAACAAACAAAAACCAGAACUGUUUGUUUUCAGUUUGGACUUAGUUCUGUAAUUCAAAACCAAAGUAACUCAUUGGUGUUAGAAACUUGAAUAAAAGGUCUUUGGUGAUGAGACAAUGUUGUUCUGAGGCUGUGAUUGUGCUGAGGUUGUUGUGCUGGUACUGAGCAUUGCAUUGCGAGCACUGGUGUGGUCAUGAUUGUUCGGUCUUAGGAAAUGGCUGUUAUACCAAGUACCUCAGAUUAAACAUGCUCAUAUCAACAAAGUUUGGGCAGAAAGCUAUUAUGUCAUCACAUUCAAAAAUAGGGUAUCAGGGGCCUGAGGAAGACUUCUUGUUGGGUGGCUCAAAACCAGCUCCCAGGGAUGCCCCCUCUCGUGGCCUUCACUGGCACCCACAUUCACAUGCACAUGUUCCCACUAAUAACUACAUAACUAAAAAAGUCUUAAAGAGGACAUCAGCGGAUCUUACAAGUAGUACUUACUUGAAGUGUUUACUUUUUUAUAAUUCAUAAUAAAUGAUAUUUUGUGUGGGGA